AUGCUCCGGACAGCCAACGUUUCUCUAUCUCGAACCUUAUACUCGCUCUCACAAUCCAGCUCGCCCAUACGAGUUGCACAGCGUUCGACCAAGAUCACGGCCCGUGUUCUCUCUCACAGCUCCCGCGUACCACGUUCAAGUUCUAUAUCUGCCUCUGCCAGGAUCACCCCGGCUCUCCAGGAAAGGGUAUCGCUCGCCUUCGACAUGACUAAGGACAGGUAUACCGAGUUCACACCCGACCAAUAUCCCCCUUUUCCCGAUGGCCUGGCGACGGUUGAACUCCAAACAAUCUCUUUAGACAAGCUCCUGAGGGGCAAUGCGGUAGAGCAGACGCGGGUCUUCGAAGCCUGCAAGGGUCGAGGCUUCUUCUACCUUGACCUCCGCGGCUCGGACAUCGGCCAGAGAAUCCUGCAGGGGGCCGAGCACAUCGCACGUGUGGGCGAGGAGACGUUCGAGCUUCCUGUUGAGGAAAAGGUCAAGUACUCGCAGGGGCGCGGCGGCAAGACCCUCUUUGGCUACAAGAGCGUCGGCGCAACCGUGACGGACAAGGCGGGCACCAAGGACACGGCCGAGUUCUUCAACGUCGCCAAGAACGACAUGAUCGUGGACGAUGCCAAGAUGCAGCACGCCUGGCCAGCCCCUAUCUUGGAGGCCAAGCCCAUCUUUAGGGACUAUGUCCAGAGUGCGCAUUCUGUGGGCAUGUUGCUCCUGGGUAUACUGGCCGAGCGGCUAGGCGUGGCCCCCUCUGCGAUCACAAGCCAGCAUAGAAUAGAAGAGCCCGCUGGCGACCACGUUCGUAUUACUCGGGGGCCUCCGAGGGAGACAGAAGAGCUGCCCGAGAUCCAGACACCGUCGCAUACGGACUUUGGCACAAUCACGAUACUCUUGAACUGGCUGGGUGGCCUUCAGGUGUGGUCAGAGUCCGCGCGCAAGGCCCAGCUGAACGACGGUCAGCCAGACAGCCCCGGGGAAUGGCUCUGGGUCAAGCCGCAGCGGGGCUGUGCCAUCAUCAACCUUGGCGACGCUGCGGUCAAGUUCACCAACGGCGUACUGUGCUCCGGCCGGCACCGGGUGAUCCCCGCGCCGGGUGCCCAGGGCAAGUGGCCGCGGUACAGCAUCGUAUACUUCGUCCGGCCCGAGGACAAGGCUGUCCUGAAGCAGCUCAGAGGCGAGGGCAUUCCCAACGGCCCCGAGGAGGAGGGGCUGACGGCGCAGGAGUGGAUUUACCGACAGGCUCAGGGACUGGGUACCCAGUUUGGGAAAUGA